AGGCCGAAGGCACGUCCAAACCAGACUAGUAGAGCCCAGAGCGUCCUCUCUAAACAGCGGGGAUUGCUUUCUGCUCAUCACUCCCCAUCACUGCUUCAUCUGGACCGGAGAGUUUGCCAACGUCAUCGAGAAGGCCAAGGUGAGUCCGCUAUGUUGUAACGGCCAUGUUAAUUUUCAUUCAGUCUUCUUACUCUUCUUGGUGUUAUCAGUAACUUGAUCAAACUUUAUUGUCCCUAGAGGGAAAUUCGGUUCAUGAGCAGGGGUAACAUGAUCAAAACACAUGCACCAAUGUUGUCAUACAUGUAUUGUAAAUAUUGCUGGUCAGUGUUGUCUUAUUGGAUAUACAAAAAUAUAAACGCAACAAUUUCAAAGAUUUUACUGAGUUACAGUUCAUAUAAGGAAAUCACUCAAUUGAAAUAAAUUCAUUAAACCCUAAUCUAUGGAUUUCACAUGACUGGGAAUACAGAUAUGCAUCUGUUGGUCACAGAUAGCUUUAAAAAAAAAAAAUUGCCUUUGGAAUGUUGUCCCACUCCUCUUCAAUGGCUAUGCGAAGUUGCUGGAUAGUGGCAGGAACUGGAACACGCUGUCGUACACAGCGAUCCAGAGCAUCCCAAACAUGCUCAAUGGGUGACAUGUCUGGUGAGUAUGCAGGCCAUGGAAGAACUGGGACAUUUUCAGCUUCCAGGAAUUGUGUACAGAUCUUUGCGACAUGGGGCCGUGCAUUAUCAUGCUGAAACAUGAGGUGAUUGCGGAGGAUGAAUGGCACAACAAUGGGCCUCAGGAUCUCGUCACGGUAUCUCUGUGCAUUCAAAUUGCCAUCGAUAAUAUCAUAAUUGCCCAAACCAUAACCCCACCACCACCAUAGGGCACUCUGUUCACAACGUUGACAUCAGCAAACCGCUCACCCACAUACACGUGGUCUGCGGUUGUGAGGCUGGUUGGACGUACUGCCAAAUUCUCUAAAACUACUUUGGAUGUCAGGUGGAUGGAUCAUCUUGGCAAAGGAGAAAUUCUCACUAACAGGAAUGCAAAUAAAUUUGUGCACAAAACUUGAAAGAAAUACGCUUUUUGUGCGUAUGGAAAAUUUCUGGGAUCUUUUAUUUCAGCUAAUGAAACAUGGGACCAACACUUUAUAUUUUUGUUCAGUAUAGUUACAUUAGGUAUGUUUCUAUACUCCAUAGAUGAACGCGUGUAACCAUCUUUCAGUGGGGUUUAAAGGGACUUUGUUCAUCCACAGACAGGAACAAAGAACUCCCUGUGGAAAAAGGUGGAGGGGUAUGUCUCAUGAUUAACAACUCAUGGUAACGUACAGGAACUCAAGUCCUUUUGUUCUCCCGAUCUGGAAUACCUCACCAUCAAAUGCCGACUGCAUUAUCUACAGAGAUAAUUUUCUUCAGUUGUCAUUGCCGUGGACGUCUACGAAUAGACCAGCUAUGACCUUCGUAAGGCAAUUAGAGGCAAAAAGGGUCGCAAUUCAACGGCUCAGACAUGAGACGCAUGUGGCAGGGACAACAGACAAUCACGGAUUAUAAAGGGAAAACCAGCCACGUCGAGAGCACUGACACCUCGCUCCCGGACAAGCUAAACACUUUCUUUGCCCGCUUCGAGGAAAAGUACACAGUCGCAGAAGUGGGCCCCUGCCGCUUACGAGGACUGUGCUUCCGAUCUCCGUGGCCGACGUGAGCAAGACAUUCAAGCUCGUUAACCCUCGCAAGGCUAACAGCCCAGACGGCAUCCCAAGCCGCGUCCUCAGAGCAUGUACAGUUCAGCUGGCUGGAGUGUUUACAGACAUAUUUAAUCUCUCCCUAGCCCAGUAUGUUGUCCCCACUUGCUUCAAGAUGUCUACCUUUGUUCAUGUACUCAAGAAAACUAAGAUAACUUAAUUAAAUUACUAUCGUCACAUAGCACUCACUUCUGUCAUCGUGAAAUGCUUUGAGUCGCUAGUGAAGGAUCAUAUCACCUCCACCUUACCCGACACCCUAGAAUCACUACAAAUUCCAUACCGCCCCAGCAGAUCCACGGACGACGCAAUCGCCAUUACACUGCACACUGCCCUAUCCCACCUCGACAGGAGGAAUACCUACAGUGCUAUGAAAAAGUAUUUGCCCCCUUUCUAAUUUUCUCUACAUAUUUGUGAUACUGAAUGUUAUCAGAUCUUCAACCAAAACCUAAUAUUAGAUAAAGGGAACAUAAGUGAAAAAAUAACACAACAAUUACAUAUUUAUUUCAUUUAUUUCAUAAACAAAGUUAUGCAACACCCAAUUUCCCUGUGUGAAAAAGUAUUUGCCCCCUUACACUCAAUAACUGGUUGUGCCAUCUUUAGCUGCAAUGACUCCAACCAAAUGCUUCCUGUAGUUGUUGAUCAGUCUCUCACGUCGCUGUGGAGGAAUUUUAGCCCACUCUUCCAUGCAGAACUGCUUUAACUCAGUGACGUGUGGGUUUUCAAGCAUGAACUGCUUGUUUCAAGUCCUGCCACAACAUCUCAAUUGGGAUUAGGUCUGGACUUUGACUAGGCCAUUCUAAAACUUCUAAUUUGUUGCUUUUUAGCAAUUUUCAUGUAGACUUGAUUGUGUGUUUUGGAUCAUUGUCUUGCUGCAUGACCCAGCUGCCCUUCAGCUUCAGCUCACAGACGGAUGGUCUGACAUUCUUCUGUAGAAUUCUCUGAUACAGAGCAGAAUUCAUGGUUCCUUCUAUUAAGGCAAGUCGUCCAGGUCCUGAGGCAGCAAAGCAUCCCCAAACCAUCACACUAGCACCACCAUGCUUGACCUUUGGUAUGAUGUUCUUACUGUGGAAUGCAAAGUUUGGUUUUCACACUGCCUGCCCUCCAGGGCAUCUACAGCACCCGCUGUAACAGGAUUGUUAAGCCUUGAGACAUGGAUUGUGUAUGUGUGCCAAUCAGAGGGUGAAUGGGCAAAACAAAAGAUUUCAGUGCUUUUUGAAUGGUGUAUGGUAGUACGUGCCAGGCACACCGGUUUGUGUCAACAACUGCAACACUGCUUGGUUUUUCACGCUCAACAGUUUCCCGUGUGUAUCAAGAAUGGUCCACCACCCAAAGGACAUCCAGCCAACUUGACACAACUGUGGAGUCAACAUGGGCCAGCAUCCCUGUGGAACGCUUUUGACACCUUGUAAAGUCCAUGCCCCGACGAAUUGAGGCUGUUCUUAGUGUUUUGUACACUCAGUGUAUGUAUAUACUGUAUUCUAGUCUUGGCUCAUCAUAUAUACAGUGGGGAGAACAAGUAUUUGAUACACUGCCGAUUUUGCAGGAUUUCCUACUUACAAAGCAUGUAGAGGUCUGUAAUUUUUAUCAUAGGUACACUUCAACUGCCAGAGACGGAAUCUAAAACAAAAAUCCAGAAAAUCACAUUGUAGGAUUUUUAAGUAAUUAAUUUGCAUUUUAUUGCAUGACAUAAGUAUUUGAUCACCUACCAACCAGUAAGAAUUCCGGCUCUCACAGACCUGUUAGUUUUUCUUUAAGAAGCCCUCCUGUUCUCCACUCAUUACCUGUAUUAACUGCACCUGUUUGAACUCGUUACCUGUAUAAAAGACACCUGUCCACACACUCAAUCAAACAGACUCCAACCUCUCCACAAUGGCCAAGACCAGAGAGCUGUGUAAGGACAUCAGGGAUAAAAUUGUAGACCUGCACAAGGCUGGGAUGGGCUACAGGACAAUAGGCAAGCAGUGUGGUGAGAAGGCAACAACUGUUGCCGCAAUUAUUAGAAAAUGGAAGAAGUUCAAGAUGACGGUCAAUCAUCCUCGGUCUGGUGCUCCAUGCAAGAUCUAACCUUGUGGGGCAUCAAUGAUCAUGAGGAACGUGAGGGAUCAGCCCAGAACUACACGGCAGGACCUGGUCAUUGACCUGAAGAGAGCUGGGACCACAGUCUCAAAGAAAACCAUUAGUAACACACUACUACGUCAUGGAUUAAAAUCCUGCAGCGCACGCAAGGUCCCCCUGCUCAAGCCAGCGCAUGUCCAGGCCCGUCUGAAGUUUGCCAAUGACCAUCUGGAUGAUCCAGAGGAUGAAUGGGAGAAGGUCAGGUGGUCUGAUGAGACAAAAAUAGAGCUUUUUGGUCUAAACUCCACUCGCCGUGUUUGGAGGAAGAAGAAGGAUGAGUACAACCCCAAGAACACCAUCCCAACCGUGAAGCAUGGAGGUGGAAACAUCAUUCUUUGGGGAUGCUUUUCUGCAAAGGGGACAGGACGACUGCACCGUAUUGAGGGGAGGAUGGAUGGGGCCAUGUAUCGCGAGAUCUUGGCCAACAACCUCCUUCCCUCAGUAAAAGCAUUGAAGAUGGGUCGUGGCUGGGUCUUCCAGCAUGACAACGACCCGAAACACACAGCCAGGGCAACUAAGGCUGGCUCCGUAAGAAGCAUCUCAAGGUCCUGGAGUGGCCUAGCCAGUCUCCAGACCUGAACCCAAUAGAAAAUCUUUGGAGGGAGCUGAAUGUCCUUAUUGCCCAGCGACAGCCCAGAAACCUAAAGGAUCUGGAGAAGGUCUGUAUGGAGGAGUGGGCCAAAAUCCCUGCUGCAGUGUGUGCAAACCUGGUCAAGACCUACAGGAAACGUAUGAUCUCUGUAAUUGCAAACAAAGGUUUCUGUACCAAAUAUUAAGUUCUGCUUUUCUGAUGUAUCAAAUACUUAUGUCAUGCAAUAAAAUGCAAAUUAACUACACUGUAACUACUACUGUAUCCACCUUUUCUAUUCACAUUCUGUCCAUACUGUCUAUACACACCAUUCAUAUACAUAUAUACAGUAUAUAUACAAAAGUAUGUGGACACCCCUUCAAUUUAGUGGAUUUAACUAUUUCAGCUAUGACAGCUGUAUACAACUGAGCACACUGCCAUGCAGUCUCCAUAGACAAACAUUGGCAGUAGAAUGGCCUUACUGAAGACCUCAGUGACUUUCAACGUGGCACCGUCAUAGGAUGCCACCUUUCCAACAAAUCAGUUUGUCAAAUUUCUGUCCUGCUAGAGCUGCCCCGGUCAACUGUAAGUGCUGUUACUGUGAAGUGGAAACUUCUAGGAGCAGCUCAGCCGCGAAGUGGUAGGCCAUACAAGCUCACAGAACGGGACCGCCAAGUGCUGAAGCGCGUAAAAAUUGUCUGUCCUCGGUUGCAACACUAAUUACUGAGUUCCAAACUGCCUCUGGAAGCAACGUCAGCACAAGAACUGUUUGUCGGGAGCUUCAUGAAAUGGGUUUACAAGCCUAAGAUCACCUUGCGCAAUGGACGAAUCUGGGUUUGGCGGAUGUCAGGAGAACGCUACCUGCCCGAAUGCAUAGUGCCAACUGUAACGUUUGGUGGAGGGGGAAUAAUGGUCUGGGGCUGUUUUUCAUGGUUCGGGCAAGGCCCCUUAGUCCCAGUGAAGUGAAAUCUUAACGCUACAGGAAACAAUGACAUUCUAGACGAUUCUGUGCUUCCAACUUUGUGGCAACAGCUUGGGGAAGGCCCUUUCCGGUUUCAGCAUGACAAUACCCCUGUGCACAAAGCGAGGUCCAUAGAGAAAUUGUCUGUCGAGAUCGGUGUGGAAGAACUUGACUGGCCUGCACAGAGCCCUGACCUCAACCCAUCGAACACUUUUAGGAUGAAUUGGAACGCCGACUGCGAGCCAGGCCUAAUCGCCCAACAUCAGUGCCCGACCCUACUUAUGCUUUUGUGGCUGAAUGGAAGCAAAUCCCUGCAGCAAUGUUCCAACAUCUAGUGGAAAGCCUUCCCAGAAGAGUGGAGGCUGUUAUAGCAGCAAAGGGGGGACCAACUCCAUAUUAAUGCCCAUGAUUUUGGAAUGAGAUGUUCGACGAGCAGGCAUCCACAUACUUUUGGUCAUGUAGUGUAUUUAUAUUCCUGACUCUGGUUAGGAAGCUAAUUUCCUGCAAUUCUAUCCAUUUUGCCAUGGGGUUGUGUAACUGUGUAUUUAUAUACAUACUGUAUUCUUGACAUGGCUCAUUCUACUAUUUCUACUACAGUACAUUGCAUUUUAGUUACUGUUUAUAUACACCGUAUAUUUAUUUAUAUACUGGAUUAUUGACAUAGCCCACUCUAUCUAAUGCUCUGCAUAUCAUUCUUAGUAAAUGUUUUGUAAAUUCAUCCUGUGUAUAUACAUUACUGUUCAAAAUUGGGGGGCACUUAGAAAUGUCCUUGUUUUUGAAAGAAAAGCAAUUUUUUUGUCCAUUCAAAUAACAUCAAAUUGAUCAGUAAUACAAUGUAGACAUUGUUAAUGUUGUAAAUGGCUAUUGUAGCUGGAAACUGCUAAUUUUUAAUGGAAUAUCUACAUAGGCAUACAGAGGCCCAUUAUCAGCAACCAUCAGUCCUGUGUUCCAAUGGCACGUUGUUUGCUAAUCCAGGUUUAUCAUUUUAAGGCUAAUUGAUCAUUAGAAAACCCUUUUGCAAUUAUGUUAGCACAGCUGAAAACUGUUGUGCUGAUUUAAAGAAGCAAUACAACUGGCCUUCUUGAGACUAGUUGAGUAUCUGGAGCAUCAGAUUAGUCUCAAAAAGGCCAGUUUUAUUGCUUCUUUAAUCAGCACGACAGUUUUCAGCUGUGCUAACAUAAUUGCAAAAGGGUUUUCUAAUGAUCAAUUAUCCUUUUUAAAAUUAUAAACUUGGAUUAGCAAACAUAAUGUGCCAUUGGAACACAGGACUGAUGGUUGCUGAUAAUGGGCCUCUGUAUGCCUAUGUAGCUAUUCAGCCGUUUCCAGCCACAAUAGCCAUUUACAACAUUAACAAUGUCUACACUGCAUUUCUGAUCAAUUUGAUGUUAUUUUAAUGGACAAAGAAAUUGCUUCUCUUUCGAAAACAAGGACAUUUCUAAGUGACCCCAAACUUUUGAACGGUAGUGUAUGUAUAGAUUGCAUUUGGAUUACUGUUAAGUGCUAUUUGGGCUGUUAAUUGGAUACCGAGAUUUCUUGAUUUUGUUUUUUUAUUAAAAUAUUUUAUAUUACUGCAUUGUUAGGAGCUAGUAACAUUUAAAAAUGUUACAACUGGUUUUAUUUACUUGAUUCUCAGUUCAAACCACCAUGUUUUCAAAAGUUGUGCAUCUGUAAAGCUCCGCCCAUUGACCUUUUAAAAACCAAUCAGAUUUGUUCUGCCCUAAACCAAACAGAUUCUUUUAGCCCUUAGAACAAAGUUGGCUACACUUUGUCAACCUGCAAAACCAAAUGGGGGGUUGUUCAAAACACUUGCAUAGGUGGCCCAUCUCAGGAUAUGGUUUUUAAGACCACAUCUGUUCCCCAAUAGCAAAAUAUCUAAUUGUAGAACAAUGAAACAUCAAAUCAUCAGUGGUGAAUUACUUAUUUUAGUCCUAGAAUUAACUGUUUUCUUAUUGUCUAUGUCUUUCUUUCUCAGGCUGCUGAGCUGGCCCAGUUCGUCCAGACCAAGAGAGAUCUGGGUUGCCGUGCCAACUAUGUAGAGCUGAUCGAGGAGGGUAUCAACACACACAGCUACGCUGCCAAUGAGUUCUGGAAGAUUCUGGGCGGACAGACCAGCUACCAGUGUAAGGCUAACUGUCUGUUCGUAUUUUAAUCAGUUUGUGGGGCGCCCCUUCUUUUGUCUUGCUGUGUCAAUGGCUAUGUAGUAGCAAUCCAAAAAUAGUAACCACCUCUUAUGAAUGUGGUAUGUAGGGGUUAUGAAUGUGUUAUGAAGUCCUUAUGUAGGUGCCCUUCCAACUGAAGUGCUACCCAGAAAGGCUUCCCUGUUUUCCCGGUAUCAUCAGUUUCUAACACUGAUGAUAGUUUUAUGAAAUUUCGUUACAGUUUCUAACUUCCUGUGUCCUUCCUGUAGCCGUGGGGACACCAGACGAGGAUGAGCUGUAUGAGAGCGCCAUCGUAGAAACCAAUUGCAUCUACCGCCUAGUGGACGACAAACUGGUCCCCGAUGACGACUUCUGGGGGAAGGUACCCCGAUGCACACUGCUCAGCCCCAAACAGGUCAGAUAUUACUACUACUAACAUUGUUUGGUCUGGAUUUAGAUUUCCAUUCUGAAUGGAUCCCAAUCAAGUUAAGACAGAGAUAUAGAAAUAAACCUGGCUGAUCAGACACUGCUGUAACUCCUUAAUAGAGAUUGUUAGACACUGACAGGUACGCUACUCUGAUCUGCUACAGUUCCUCACUUUCAAAUGACAAUUUUGAGCUGAAGUGCAUAAUAUCAUUGUACUGGUUCUGAUUGCCCCCUCUCUGCUCUGCUCUCCAAUAGGUGUUGGUGUUUGACUUUGGCAGUGAGGUGUAUGUGUGGCACGGUAAGGAGGUGACUCUGGCCCAGAGAAAAGUUGCCUUCCAGCUGGCAAAACACCUGUGGAACGGAAUCUUCGACUACACAAACUGUGACAUUAACCCCCUGGACCCUGGAGAGUGCAACUCACUCAUACCCAGGUAUGGCUCACAUACACUCAUACCCAGGUAUGGCUCACAUACACUCAUACCCAGGUAUGGCUCACAGACACUCAUACUCAGGUAUGGUUCAGACACUUAUACCCAGCUAUAUAUCCACUCAUAUUCUGUCUCUCACACAAACACGCACACACAAAGCAUAAUAAUAACCAUGAAAACAUUUAUCUUUAAAGUCCACCACUUUCAGUUAAUUUGCGUUUACACAGUGUCUCUAUCUGAGUGUUACAGUAUGUAUUGAGAUGAGGUAACUUUGAGCUGCCUUCUUAAAACCACCCAGGUCAGUACAGGUUGUACAACAUUCCCCCCUCCAAUAGGGACCCUAGCCAAGUAUUCCACUAUAUGUAAACAGCUCUGAGGCUAGGGGAGACUCGGCACAACUCACAUCCUAUAAAUGGGCAGGAGUGUCGGAGCUCCGCUCUGCACUAAACAACCCGUCUCUGCCUCUAUGCCCAUUGACAAGUUGGUAGGCUUCUUUAAUCCCACUUGCCAGGUUGUCAUUGCAAAUAGGAAAUAGUUCUAAACUGAUAUGGCUGGGAAAAUAAAGGUUGAAGGCCCAGUGCAGUUAAAAUUAUGUUUUUCCUGUGUUUUAUAUCAUAUUGUACAACAGCUGAUGAAACUAACACUGUAAAAGUGUGAAAACAUUUGAUCAGUGUUAUUUCCUGAUAGUUGCUGGUUGAAAAUACAAUCUACACAGGACCUUCUAAUCAGCAGGUUUGCAUGGGUGUUUCGGCUUUCCGUGGUGACAUCAUCAUGCGGUAAAUUGGUUAAUAGACCAAUAAGAAAGAGUUCCAAACCUCUCUGCCAAUAACAGCUAGUUUUCCCCUCCCCACUCAGACCACCCUGACAGUCCUAGCAAAAUUAUUGCUUGAGAAAUCGUUUUUUGCUAAAAAAGUUUUUCAAUUUAAAUGGAAAUCUUUUACAGUAAGGUACUUAAUUGUUACCCAGAAAUGAUUAGAUAUGGAUAUAAAACUUCUUAAUUGGGCCUUUACAUAAAAUAUCUAAUUAAAAGCUACAAAUAGCCUUUGUCCUCUCCACCUCUCCCAUUUCAACUCGUACCUUUCCAUCUGUCCUCUCUCUUCCUCUGUCGGGUGCAGGAAAGGCCAGGGCCGUCCAGACUGGGCUGUGUUUGGAAGGUUGACGCAACACAAUGAGACCACCCUGUUCAAGGAGAAGUUCCUGGACUGGACAGACUCCAAGAAGAAAGGUACCACCAAGAAUGGCCAUGAGCAUCUCAACGAAAACAACAAGGUACAGCUACAAAUAGUUUUUAACAUCUUUUUUUUUGUUCACCUCCUUUCAAGUCUUUGUCCUGUAGCUUCUCAAGCAUUCCUUAUUAGAAGGUAAGCCAUAAUACUGGCUAAAUCAUACAAAAUUAGACGAGAACAAAGCCUCAUUCUGUUCCAACAACCCAUCCCUCAUUUCUAUCUCUCUGCCCUCACAACAACCACCACACGCAUCUUAACCUCCCUGCUCACCCUUCUCUUCCUAAACCCUUUUUGUCGCUUUCCCCUCCCCCCAGGAGCAGCAGAGCCCGGAACAGAACAUGAUGCGGGCCUAUGAUGCCUCCCUGAUGCUGCCGCUGCUCCAGAACCCAGUUCGUACGGUGUUGGAUGGGGUGGAUGUGGGCCGGGGCUAUGGCCCGGUGGCAGGGGACGACCACAGGCACUUUGAGAUCAGCACCACCGCAGUGGACAUCUGGCACAUACUAGAGUUUGACUACAGGUGGGUGUGUAUGGCUGUGUAGCAAAUGGCACCCUAUUCCCUACAUAGUGCACUACAUGACCAGGGCACUGUAUAAGGAAUAGGGUGCCAUUUGGGAUGCUACUAUGUGUGUGUCGCGGUAUGGUUGGGUUAAAGGAAAAAGGACAAUUGACAAAGUAUAUCUCAUAUCCUACAGCCGGCUGCCCAAGCAGAGCAUUGGACAGUUCCAUGAGGGAGACACCUAUGUGGUGAAAUGGAAGUACAUGGUGAGCACCGCAGGUUAGUAUUGAGCAACCGUUGCCCACAUCUGUACGCCAUCACACACCACAAAGCGCGCUCUCUCUCUCUCACUCUGUCUUUCUUUGUCUCUCUUUUGCUAAUGUCGCUGAUGACACACCUAAACUAGUGCAGGUGUUUGAAAUCUGGAUUUUGUCUUGGUUAUUUAACGGAAAGACACCCUGUGUUCCUCUUUUAGACUGAGCACUACUGACCUUUGAGUAAGCUUGAACAUAUCCUCCUUGAUUUAUACACUCUUCUUCUCCGUGUAAAGACCAUAUAAAGAUUGCCUCCUGUCACCCUUCUCCCUUCCUCCCCCCUUCUCUUCCUUUCUCUGUACUCUCCCCCCUUUCUCUCCCUCGGUAUGUUUGGGUAAUAAUUAAACAUUACAUAAACUCAUGGAUACCGACCGUGCUGUUCAAAAGCCUAGCUCGCUGUAGGAAUCCAUGUUCUAUACUUUGUCAUGGCACGGCCAGCCCAGGGCCUUUCACAAUGCAACCAAACAGUAAUUCAUAUCACUACUAGUGGGAAGAGAGUUUGACAGGGGCGCUGGCAAGUGGCUGUGAUUAGUUCUAGUGGUUAGCAGUAGUACGGCUAGUUCUCUUCUGCACAGAGAGAGGGCGAGAGAGACCAUAGGACCUGUCAAUGUAUGGGCUGCUGAACAUGAUAGCCGAUUACAGUAAUAGAGUAUCGUCUUUCAUCUAUCUUACAUAGUACACAGAUACAGGCAGACACACUGAUGUACCAUUGUCGUGCAUAUGGUUUGACAGGUGCACACAAGGGGUGCUAUAAAAAUAUGUAUAUAUUAUUUUAAAAAUAUAUGUGUGUGUAUUUUUAUAUAUAUGUAUAUAUAUAUAUAUGUGUGUGUGUGUGUGUGUGUGUGUGUGUAUAUAUAUAUAUAUGUGUAUGUAUAUGUGUACAGUUGAAGUCGGAAGUUUACUUACACUUAGGUUGUAGUCAUUAAAACUCGUUUUUCAACCACUCCACAAAUUUCUUGUUAACAAACUAUAGUUUUGGCAAGUCGGUCAGGACAUCUACUUUGUGCAUGACACAAGUAAUUUUUCCAACAAUUGUUUACAGACAGAUUAUUUCACUUAUAAUUCACUGUAUUACAAUUCCAGUGGGUCAGAAGUUUACAUACACUAUGUUGACGGUGCCUUUAAACAGCUUGGAAAAUUCCAGAAAAUGAUGUCAUGGCUUUAGAAGCUUCUGAUAGGCUAAUUGACAUCAUUUGAGUCAAUUGGAGGUGUACCUCUGGAUAUAUUUCAAGGCCUACCUUCAAACUCAGUGCCUCUUUGCUUGACAUCAUGGGAAAAUCAAAAGAAGUCUGGUUCAUCCUUGGGAGCAAUUUCCAAACGCCUGAAGGUACCACGUUCAUCUGUACAAACAAUAGUACGCAAGUAUAAACACCAUGGGACCACGCAGCCGUCAUACCGUUCAGGAAGGAGACGCGUUCUGUCUCCUAGAGAUGAACGUACUUUGGUGCGAAAAGUGCAAAUCAAUCCCAGAACAACAACAAAGGAUCUUGUGAAGAUGCUGGAGGAAACAGGUACAAAAUUAUCUAUAUCCACAGUAAAAUGAGUCCUAUAUCGACAUAACCUGAAAGGCUGCUCAGCAAGGAAGAAGCCACUGCUCCAAAACCUCCAUAAAAAAGCCAGACUAUGGUUUGCAACUGCACAUGGGGACAAAGAUCAUACUUUUUGGUGAAAUGUCCUCUGGUCUGAUGAAACAUAGUGACCAUAAUGACCAUCGUUAUGUUUGGAGGAAAAAGGGGGUUGCUUGCCAGCCCAAGAACACAAGGUAGAAUCAUGCUGUGGGGGUGCUUUGCUGCAGGAGGGACUGGUGCACUUCACAAAUUAGAUGGCAUCAUGAGGAAGGAAAAUGAUAUUGAAGCAACAUCUCAAGACAUCAGUCAGGAAGUUAAAGCUUGGUUGCAAAUGGGUCUUCCAAAUGGACAAUGACCCCAAGCAUACUUCCAAUGUUGUGGCAAAAUGGCUUAAGGACAACAAUGUCAAGGUAUUGGAGUGGCCAUCACAAAGCCCUAACCUCAAUCCUAUAGAAAAUGUGUGGGCAGAACUGAAAAAGUGUGUGCGAGCAAGGAGGCCUACAAACCUGACUCAGUUACACCAGUUCUGUCAGGAGCAAUGUGCCAAAAUUCACCCUACUUAUUGUGGGAAGCUUGUGGAAGGCUAACUGAAUCGUUUGACCCAAGUUAAACUAUUUAAAGGCAAUGCUACCAAAUACUAAUUGAUUGUAUGUCAACUUCUGACCUACUGAGAAUGUGAUGAAAGAAAUAUAAGUGGUGAUCCUAACUGACCUAAGACAGGGAAUUUUUACUAGGAUUAAAUGUCAGGAAUUGUGAAAAACUGAGUUUAAAUGUAUUUGGCUAAGGUGUAUGUAAACUUCCGACUUCAACUGUAUAUAUAUAUAUAUAUAUGUAUAUAUAUGUAUGUACAGUGAGGGGAAAUAAGUAUUUGACCCCUAUGCAAAACAUGACUUAGUACUUGGUGGCAAAACCCUUGUUGGCAAUCACAGAGGUCAGACGUUUCUUGUAGUUGGCCACCAGGUUUGCACACAUCUCAGGAGGGACUUUGUCCCACUACUCUUUGCAGAUCUUCUCCAAAUCAUUAAGGUUUCGAGGCUGACGUUUGGCAACUCGAACCUUCAGCUCCCUCCACAGAUGUUCUAUGGGAUUAAGGUCUGGAGACUGGCUAGGCCACUCCAGGACCUUAAUGUGCUUCUUCUUGAGCCACUCCUUUGUUGCCUUGGCCGUGUGUUUUGGGUCAUUGUCAUGCUGGAAUACCCAUCCACGACCCAUUUUUAAUGCCCUGGCUGAGGGAAGGAGGUUCUCACCCAAGAUUUGAUGGUACAUGGCCCCGUCCAUCAUCCCUUUGAUGCGGUGAAGUUGUCCUGUCCCCUUAGCAGAAAAACACCCCCAAAGCAUCAUGUUUCCACCUCCAUGUUUGACAGUGUGGAUGGUGUUCUUGGGGUCAUAGGCAGCAUUCCCCCUCCUCCAAACACGGCGAGUUGAGUUGAUGCCAAAGAGCUCGAAUUUGGUCUCAUCUGACCACAACACUUUCACCCAGUUCUCCUCUGAAUCAUUCAGAUGUUCAUUGGCAAACUUCAGACGGGCCUGUAUAUGUGCUUUCUUGAGCAGGGGGACCUUGCGGGCGCUGCAGGAUUUCAGUCCUUCACGGCGUAGUGUUUUACCAAUUGUUUUCUUGGUGACUAUGGUCCCAGCUGCCUUGAGAUCAUUGACAAGAUCCUCCUGUUUAGUUCUGGUCUGAUUCCUCACCGUUCUCAUGAUUAUUGCAACUCCACGAGGUGAGAUCUUGCAUGGAGCACCAGGCUGAGGGAGAUUGACAGUUAUUUUGUGUUUCUUCCAUUUGCGAAUAAUCGCACCAACUGUUGUCACUUUCUCACUUUCUCACCAAGCUGCUUGGCAAUGGUCUUGUAGCCCAUUCCAGCCUUGUGUAGGUCUACAAUCUUGUCCCUGACAUCAUUGGAGAGCUCUUUGGUCUUGGCCAUGGUGGAGAGUUUGGAAUCUAAUUGAUUGAUUGAUUGCUUCUGUGGGCAGGUGUCUUUUAUACAGGUAACAAGCUGAGAUUAGGAGCACUCCCUUUAAGAGUGUGCUCCUAAUCUCAGCUCGUUACCUGUAUUAAAGACACCUGGGAGCCAGAAAUCUUUCUGAUUGAGAGGGGGUCAAAUACUUAUUUCCCUCAUUAAAAUGCAAAUCAAUUUAUAACAUUUUUGACAUGCGUUUUUCUGGAUUUUGUUGUUGUUCUGUCUCUCACUGUUCAAAUAAACCUACCAUUACAAUUAUAGACUGAUCAUUUCUUUGUCAGUGGGCAAACGUACAAAAUCAGCAGGGGGAUCAGCCACCAAUUGGGGAUCAGCCACCAAUUGUGCAAGUUCUCCCACAUAAAAAGAUGAGAGAGGCCUGUAAUUUUCAUCAUAGGUACUCGUCAACUAAAAAAAAAAUCCAGAAAAUGACAUUGUAGGAUUUUUUAUGAAUUUAUUAUUAUUUAUUUGCAUAUUAUGGUGGAAAAUAAGUAUUUGGUCACCUACAAACAAGCAAGAUUUCUGGCUCUCACAGACCUGUAACUUCUUCUUUAAGAGGCUCCUCUGUCCUCCACUCGUUACCUGUAUUAAUGGCACCUGUUUGAACUUGUUAUCAGUAUAAAAGACACCUGUCCACAACCUCAAACAGUCACACUCCAAACUCCACUAUGGACAAGACCAAAGAGCUGUCAAAGGACACCAGAAACAAAAUUGUAGACCUGCACCAGGCUGGGAAGACUGAGUCUGCAAUAGGUAAGCAGCUUGGUUUGAAGAAAUCAACUGUGGGAGCAAUUAUUAGGAAAUGGAAGACAUACAAGACCACUGAUAAUCUCCCUCGAUCUGGGGCUCCACGCAAGAUCUCACCCCGUGGGGUCAAAAUGAUCACAAGAACAGUGAGAAAAAUUCCCAGAACCACACGGGGGGACCUAGUGAAUGACCUGCAGAGAGCUGGGACCAAAGUAACAAAGCCUACCAUCAGUAACACACUACGCCGCCAGGGACUCAAAUCCUGCAGUGCCAGACGUGUCCCCCUGCUUAAGCCAGUACAUGUCCAGGCCCGUCUGAAGUUUGCUAGAGUGCAUUUGGAUGAUCCAGAAGAGGAUUGGGAGAAUGUCAUAUGGUCAGAUGAAACCAAAAUAAUAACUUUUUGGUAAAAACUCAACUCGUCGUGUUUGGAGGACAAAGAAUGCUGAGUUGCAUCCAAAGAACACCAUACCUACUGUGAAGCAUGGGGGUGGAAACAUCAUGCUUUGGGGCUGUUUUUCUGCAAAGGGACCAGGACGACUGAUCCAUGUAAAGGAAAGAAUGAAUGGGGCCAUGUAUCGUGAGAUUUUGAGUGAAAACCUCCUUCCAUCAGCAAGGGCAUUGAAGAUGAAAUUUGGCUGGGUCUUUCAGCAUGACAAUGAUCCCAAACACACCGCCCGGGCAACGAAGGAGUGGCUUCGUAAGAAGCAUUUCAAGGUCCUGGAGUGGCCUAGCCAGUCUCCAGAUCUCAACCCCAUAGAAAAUCUUUGGAGGGAGUUGAAAGUCCGUGUUGCCCAGCGACAGCCCCAAAACAUCACUGCUCUAGAGGAGAUGUGCAUUGAGGAAUGGGCCAAAAUACCAGCAACAGUGUGUGAAAACCUUGUGAAGAGUUACAGAAAACGUUUGACCUGUGUCAUUGCCAACAAAGGGUAUAUAACAAAGUAUUGAGAAACUUUUGUUAUUGACCAAAUACUUAUUUUCCACCAUAAUUUGCAAAUAAAUUCAUAAAAAAUCCUACAAUGUGAUUUUCUGGAUGUUUUUUUCUCAUUUUGUCUGUCAUAGUUGACGUGUACCUAUGAUGAAAAUCACAGGCCUCUCUCAUUUUUUUAAGUGGGAGAACUUGCACAAUUGGUGGCUGACUAAAUACUUUUUUCCCCACUGUGUGUGUGUGUGUGUGUGUGUGUGUGUAUAUAUAUAUAUAUAUAUAUAUAUAUAUAAUGUAUAUAUAUAUAUAAUGUAUAUGUGUAUAUAUGUAAUGUAUGUUUAUAUACAGUGGGGAGAACAAGUAUUUGAUACACUGCCGAUUUUGCAGGUUUUCCUACUUACAAAGCAUUCCUACCCCACUGUAUGUAUGUAUAUAUAUAUGUACAGUGGGGAGAACAAGUAUUUGAUACACUGCCGAUUUUGCAGGUUUUCCAACUUACAAAGCAUGUAGAGGUCUGUCAUUUUUAUCAUAGGUACACUUCAACUGUGAGAGACUGAAUCUAAAACAAAAAUCCAGAAAAUCAAACUGUAUGAUUUUUAAGUAAUUAAUUUGCUUUUUAUUGCAUGACAUAAGUAUUUGAUACAUCAGAAAAGCAGAACUUAAUAUUUGGUACAGAAACCUUUGUUUGCAAUUACAGAGAUCAUACAUUUCCUGUAGGUCUUGACCAGGUUUGCACACACUGCAGCAGGGUUUUUGGCCCACUCCUCCAUACAGACCUUCUCCAAAUCCUUCAGGUUUGGGGGCUGUCGCUGGGCAAUACGGACUUUCAGCUCCCUCCAAAGAUUUUCUAUUGGGUUCAGGUCUGGAGACUGGCUAGGCCACUCCAGGACCUUGAGAUGCUUCUUACGGAGCCACUCCUUAGUUGCCCUGGCUGUGUGUUUCGGGUUGUUGUCAUGCUGGAAGACCCAGCCACGACCCAUCUUCAAUGCUCUUACUGAGGGAAGGAGGUUGUUGGCCAAGAUCUCGCGAUACAUGGCCCCAUCCAUCCUCUCCUCAAUACGGUGCAGUCGUCCUGUCCCCUUUGCAGAAAAGCAUCCCCAAAGAAUUAUGUUUCCACCUCCAUGAUUCAUGGUUGGGAUGGUGUUCUUGGGGUUGUAGUCAUCCUUCUUCUUCCUCCAAACACGGCGAGUUGAGUUUAGACCAAAACACUCUAUUUUUGUCUCAUCAGACCACAUGACCUUCUCCCAUUCCUCCUCUGGAUCAUCCAGAUGGUCAUUGGCAAACUUCAGACAGGCCUGGACAUGCGCUGGCUUGAGCAGGGGGACCUUGCGUGCGCUGCAGGAUUUUAAUCCAUGACGGCGUAGUGUGUUACUAAUGGUUUUCAUUGAAACUGUGGUCCCAGGUCUCUUCAGGUCAUUGACCAGGUCCUGCCGUGUAGUUCUGGGCUGAUCCCUCACCUUCCUCAUGAUCAUUGAUGCCCCACGAGGUGAGAUCUUGCAUGGAGCCCCAGACUGAGGGUGAUUGACCGUCAUCUUGAACUUCUUCCAUUUUCUAAUAAUUGCGCCAACAGUUGUUGCCUUCUCACCAAGCUGCUUGCCUAUUGUCCUGUAGCCCAUCCCAGCCUUGUGCAGGUCUACAAUUUUAUCCCUGAUGUCCUUACACAGCUCUCUGGUCUUGGCCAUUGUGGAGAGGUUGGAGUCUGUUUGAUUGAGUGUGUGGACAGGUGUCUUUUACACAGGUAACGAGUUCAAACAGGUGCAGUUAAUACAGGUAAUGAGUGGAGAACAGGAGGGCUUCUUAAAGAAAAACUAACAGGUCUGUGAGAGCCGGAAUUAUUACUGGUUGGUAGGUGAUCAAAUACUUAUGUCAUGCAAUAAAAUGCAAAUUAAUUACUUAAAAAUCAUACAAUGUGAUUUUCUGGAUUUUUGUUUUAGAUUCCGUCUCUUACAGUUGAAGUGUACCUAUGAUAAAAAUGACAGACCUCUACAUGCUUUGUAUGUAGGAAAACCUGCCAAAUCGGCAGUGUAUCAAAUACUUGUUCUCCCCACUGUAUGUAUGUAUGUAUGUAUAUACAGUGAGGGGAAAAAAGUUUUUGAUCCCCUGCUGAUUUUGUAUGUUUGCCCACUGACAAAGAAAUGAUCAAUCUAUAAUUUUAAUGGUAGGUUUAUUUGAACAGUGAGAGACAGAAUAACAACAAAAAUAUCCAGAAAAACGCAUGUCAAAAAUGUUAUAAAUUGAUUUGCAUUUUAAUGAGGGAAAUAAGUAUUUGACCCCCUCUCAAUCAGAAAGAUUUCUGGUUCCCAGGUGUCUUUUAUACAAGUAAUGAGCUGAGAUUAGGAGCACACUCUUAAAGGGAGUGCUCCUAAUCUCAGUUUGUUACCUGUAUAAAAGACACCUGUCCACAGAAGCAAUCAAUCAAUCAGAUUCCAAACUCUCCACCAUGGCCAAGACCAAAGAGCUCUCCAAGAGUGUCAGGGACAAGAUUGUAGACCUACACAAGGCUCGAAUGGGCUGCAAGACCAUCGCCAAGCAGCUUGGUGAGAAGGUGACAACAGUUGGUGCGAUUAUUCGCAAAUGGAAGAAACACAAAACAACUGUCAAUCUCCCUCGGCCUGGGGCUCUGUGCAAGAUCUCAACUCGUGGAGUUGCAAUGAUGAGGAAUCAGCCCAGAACUACACGGGAGGAUCUUGUCAAUGUUCUCAAGGCAGCUGGGACCAUAGUCACCAAGAAAACAAUUUGUAACACACUACGCCGUGAAGGACUGAAAUCCUGCAGUGCCCACAAGGUCCCCCUUCUCAAGAAAGCACAUAUACAGGGCCGUCUGAAGUUUGCCAAUGAACAUCUGAAUGAUUCAGAGGAGAACUGGGUGAAAGUGUUGUGGUCAGAUGAGACCAAAAUUGAGCUCUUUGGCAUCAACUCAACUCGCCGUGUUUGGAGGAGGAGGAAUGCUGCCUAUGACCCCAAGAACACCAUACCCACCGUCAAACAUGGAGGUGGAAACAUUAUGCUUUGGGGGUUUUUCUGCUAAGGGGACAGGACAACUUCACUGCAUCAAAGGGACGAUGGACGGGGCCAUGUACCAUCAAAUCUAGGGGUGAGCACCGCCUUCCCUCAGCCAGGGCAUUAAAAAUGGGUUGUGGAUGGGUAUUCCAGCAUGACAAUGACCCAAAACACAUGGCCAAGGCAACAAAGGAGUGGCUCAAAAGAAGCACAUUACGGUCCUGGAGUGGCCUAGCCGGUCUCCAGACCUUAAUCCCAUAGAAAAUCUGUGGAGGGAGCUGAAGGUUCGAGUUGCCAAACGUCAGCCUCGAAACCUUAAUGACUUGGAGAAGACCUGCAAAGAGGAGUGGAACAAAAUCCCUCCUGAGAUGUGUGCAAACCUGGUGGCCAACUACAAGAAACGUCUGACCUCUGAUUGCCAACAAGGGUUUUGCCACCAAGUACUAAGUCAUGUUUUGCAGAGGGGUCAAAUACUUAUUUCCCUCAUUAAAAUGCAAAUCAAUUAAUAACAUUUUUGACAUGCGUUUUUCUGGAUUUUAUGUUGUUAUUCUGUCUCUCACUGUUCAAAUAAACCUACCAUUUAAAAUUAUAGACUGAUCAAUGUCUUUGUCAGUUGGCAAACGUACAAAAUCAGCAAGGGAUCAAAUACUUUUUCCCCUCACUGUAUAUAUAUUAGUAUUUUUUUUAUGUAGGACCCAUUGUGUGCACAUUCGGUGUAUCUGUCAAACCAUAUGCACGACAAUGGUACACCAGUGUGUCUGCCUGUUUAGAUCCAGUCAAAAGUUUGGACAAACCUACUCAUUCAAGGGUUUUUCUUUGCUGUUUUCUACAUUGUAGAUUAAUAGUGAAGACAUCAAAAGUAUGAAUUAACACAUAUGGAAUCAUAUAGUUACCAAAAAAGUGUUAAACAAAUCAAAAUAUGUUAUAUUUUAGAUUAUUCAAAGUAGCCACCAUUUGCCUUGAUGACAGCUUUGAUUUGUUCAUCAUUGCCUCGAUCCUGACUAGUAUCCCAGUCCCUGCUGCUGAAAAACAUUCCCACAGCACGAUGCUGCCACCACCAUGCUUCACUGUAGGGAUGGUGCCAGGUUUCCUCCAGACGUGACGCUUGGCAUUCAGGCCGAAGAGUUCAAUCUUGGUUUCAUCAUACCAGAGAAUCUUGUUUCUCAUGGUCUGAGAGUCCUUUAGGUGCCCUUUGGCAAACUCCAAGCGGGCUGUCAUUUGCCUUUUACUGAGAAGUGGCUUCCGUCUGGCCACUCCAUACCAUAAAGGCCUGAGUGCUACGGAGAUGGCUUGGUUUUUGCUCUGACAUGCACUGUCAACUGUGGGACCUUAUAUAGACAGGUGUGUGCCUUUCCAAAUGACAUUCAAUUAAUUGAAUUUACGACAGGUGGACUCCAAUCAAGUUGUAGAAACAUCUCAAGGAUGAUCAAUGGAAACAGGAUGCACCUGAGCUCAAUUUCGAGUCUCAUAACAGGAUGUCACAACUAUUUAUAGUUGCACAUUCGAGUUGUUUGUGAAUCCAUGUCUCUGUCUGUUGAUCCUAGUUGGGAAGAGGCAGAAUCCGGACGCGGUGAGGAGCGCAGGAGCUGGGAAGGAGAAGUGUUCCUAUUUCUUCUGGCAGGGCCGGAAUUCUACCGUCAGUGAGAAGGGAACUUCAGCACUAAUGACUGUAGAACUGGACGAGGAGAGAGGAGCACAGGUACUUUGUGUGUGUGUGUGUGUGGUGUGAGUCUGUGUGUGGUGCGAGUGCCAGGGGAGAAUGACUGCCCCCUCUCAUUGAUAUCACGGAAGUUCAAGGCCGACCGCUGUACUGCAGGCAAUGUUCGCAGAAAACAGGAUCCCCCAUUAUAGUGAAUGGAAAAAUGUCAAUCUUGGUGUAUUUUUUAAAAGACAAUCAUGGUACCAAUAAUUGCUUCUAAUACACCAGAUGUAUGUCAUUGAACCGAUUUAUAAACAAAUCGCACACAGAAUAAGUUAUAAGGAGAAUUUACUUACUAAUGGCAGCCUGCAGUACCCCGGUCGGCCUUCAACUUGAAUUACUCAAUGAGAAGGGACACUGAGCUAGCACUGAUCUAGCCUACAAUGUCACUUCCUGGAGUAGCUCAAACUAUUCAUGUUAUGUCUCCAUGAGACGCCAUCUUAAGACUUCAUUUGGCUUCAGUGCGCUAUUGAGUCUUCACAUAGGAAUGAAUGGUGUCACGUCAUCGAUGGCUUUGGCCAUUCAUAUACAGUACCAGUCAAAAGUUUGGACACACCUACUCAUUCCAGGGUUUUUCUUUAUUUGUACUAUUUUCUACAUUGUAGUGAAGACAUCAAAACGAUGAAAUAAAACAUAUGGAAUCAUGUAGUAACCAAGAAAGUGUUAAACAAAUCAAAACAUAUUAUAUAUUUGAGAUUCUUCAAAGUAGCCACCCUUUACCUUGAUGACAAACUCUUGGCUUUCUCUCAACCAGCUUCAUGAGGUAGUCACCUGGAAUGCAUUUCAAUUAACAGGUGUGCCUUCUUAAAUGUUAAUUUGUGGAAUGUCUUUCCUUCUUAAUGCGUUUGAACCAAUCAGUUGUGCUGUGACAAGGUAGGGGUGGUAUACAGAAGAUGGCCCUAUUUGGUAAAAGACCAAGUCCAUAUUAUGGCAAGAACAGCUCAAAUAAGCAAAGAGAAACGACAGUCCAUCAUUACUUUUAAGACAUGAUGGUCAGUCAAUCCGGAAAAUGUCAAGAACUUUCUUCAAGUGCAGUCGCAAAAACCAUCAAGCGCUAUGAUGAAACAGGCUCUCAUGAGGACUGCCACAGGAGGAUACGUUAAUUAGAGUUACCAGCCUCAGAAAUUGCAGCCCAAAUAAACGCUUCACAGAGUUCAAGUAACAGACAGAUCUCAACAUCAACUGUUCAGAGGAGACUGCGUGAAUCAGGCCUUCAUGGUCUAAUUGCUGCAAAGAAACCACUACUAAAGGACACCAAUAAGAAGAAGAGACUUGCUUGGGCCAAGAAACACGAGGAAUGGACUAUUGACCGGUGGAAAUCAUUCAUUUGGUCUGAUGAGUCCAUAUUUGAUAUUUUUGGUUCCAACCGCCAUGUCUUUGUGAGACACAGAGUAAAUACUAAAAUCUAAAAUAUAUUUUGAUUUGUUUAACACUUUUUUGGUUACUACAUGAUUCCAUGUGUUAUUUCAUAGUGUUGAUGUCUUCACUAUUAUUCUACAAUGUAGAAAAUAGUAAAAAAUAAAGAACAACCCUUGAAUGAUUAGGUGUGUCCAAACUUUUGACAAGUACUGUAUACAGCCAUCGGUGUGUGUGCGUGCGUGCCUCCUUGUCCGUGUGUAUAUGUAACCACUCUCUCCUCUGCUCUUACAGGUCCAGGUGCAGCAGGGGAAGGAACCUCCAUGUUUCCUGCAAUGUUUUAAUGGAGGGAUGGUGGUCCAUGCAGGGAAGAGAGAAGAGGAGGAGGAGAACUCACAGAGUAAGUUACCAUCCACACCUUUCCCUCUCAUUAGUACUAUCCUCCUUUCUCCUGCUAUCAUCCCACUGAGUUUGUUUUUCUUUCAGUGUGUGUGUCAGAGAGAGAUGGAUUAUACGUUUGCCUUAUCUUGCCGCUCUUGUCUAUUAGAUAUGACGUGUUUGAAACGGCAUAGGGGUGUGGAACUCCAAUGGAAGCCCAUGAAACAUAUAUUUUUCUCCAAAGGCAUGAUUUAUGUAUGGUCUUUUCCUGUUAUUCUACAGUCAUCAGUGGGGAUGUCUGUACGUUGUGUGUACGUCCGUGUUUGUUAUAUUUGGCAACACUUUACCUUAAGUUGCCCCUAUACGUAUGUAACUGCAUAGAAUUAACUGUAGUAACAAUGUUUCAUUACAUAGAAACUGCUACGUAAUUACAUUGUUAUAGAGUGGUAUAGGUUAUUACAAUCCUCUCCCCCAUCAGAUGACUGGAGGUUGUACUGUGUGCGGGGGGAGGUCCCAGUGGAGGGCUACCUGCUGGAGGUAUCAUGCCACUGCUGCAGUCUGCGCUCCCGGACCUCUAUGGUGCUUCUCAGCGUCUCUAAAGCAACCAUGUACGUGUGGCACGGCUGCAAGGCCCAGCUCCACACCCGCGACGUGGGGCGCACCGCCACCAACAAGAUCAAAGAACAGUGAGUCCCAACAUUCACAACACUUUCCUAUGAUUUCUUUCCUAGUAUUCUGACGUGGCAGGCAGAAGACGGCAUGUUCAUUCUCCCUGACAUGUUAUUGUCCAGUUGGGGUUAGGGUAAUGGCCUACCCUGCCACUGUGAGAGGUCAAAGGGCUCAACUUAAAGACUGAUGUUGAGCACUCUCUGAUAUGAUUUGUUUGAAGUCUAAGUAAUGUUAAUGUCUCCAAUCCAAUUGAAUAAAUUGAUCUCAUUACUAUAACUGUGUUCAAUAAGCCUUGGUCAGGCAUAAGUCUUUUAACAGUGUGCGCGCAUGCAUGCCAUAUCUGGAUAUGAGUGUGUGAGCCAUACAGUACCUGGGUAUGAGUUAUUUGGACUCUCCAGGGUCAACUGGAUUGAUGUCACAGUUGGUGUAGUCGAAGGUUCCGUUCCACAGGUGUUUAGCCAGCUGUUUUUAUGCAGGUGUCCGUUGGAGGCGGGGCUCCACAGCAGCAGUAAGGUGACCAUCCAUGAGUGUGAUGAGGGGGCGGAGCCUACGGGAUUCUGGGAAGCUCUGGGAAGGAGAGAUAGGAAGGCCUACGACUGCAUGCUCCAAGGUUAGUGUCCUUUUCUUUAAGGGUCUAUUUAUGGUAGUCCAAUAUCCUUCAUAAUAGACUGAUACUGAAUUGCUUUUUUAGGAGUUUCUUUGUUCUGGUGUAAGGUGGUUACUGUAAAUUGGUUGGUUGAUUUAUUGAAUUAUUGGUUGGUUGAUGUGAUGACCUUCAACCUUUGAUCCCCAGAUCCAGGGAAGUUCAACUUCACCCCUCGUCUCUACCAGCUGAGCAGUACGUCUGGAGAGUUUGUGGCCAUGGAGUUAUUCUACCCAGCCAGAGUAACGGAGGAGGUCAACUCACUGCCCUUCCUACAGGAGGACCUCUACACUGCCUCUCAACCAGGUACUGUACAGGUUACACACACACACAGAACCUAGGCUGGGGCGAUACCCUGGUGUACGGUAUAAACGGUAUAUUUCGAAAUACUGACGGUAUGAUUUUCAAUACCAUACAUGUUUUUUUAGAUCUAAGAUGUCAAAUGUAAUUAUAUCCAGCUCAGUGCUCCAGCUAUGCAUUUGGUUUGCUAACUUGCUAGCCAACCAAGCUUCUUGGUUACAGCAGAGACAUUCAAUCCCCUCCUGGAUCAAGAUCCCUGUUGCCUAAAUUGUUUUGUGCGAAAAAGAAAAAAAAACAGGGAUCAUGAUCCAAGAGGGGAUUGAUUGUCUCUUCUGUAACUAGCUAGCAAGUUAGCAAACCAAAUGCAUAGCUUGUCCUGAGCUGGAUAUAAUUUAUUUGACACAUCUUAGAUUUCUUAUAGUUAUACUUCUAAUUACAGUAUAAGCAGACACGUAGCACACACCCCCGCAGCCCUUAUACACUACCAGUCAAAGGUUUGGACACACCUACUCAUUCAAGAGUUUAUCAUAAUUUUUACUAUUUGCUACAUUGUAGAAUAAUAGUGAAUACAUCAAAACUAUGAAAUAACACAUAUGGAAUCCUGUAGUAACCAAAAAAGUGUUAAAUCAAAAUAUAUUUUAGAUUUUUUUAUUAUUCAAAUAGCCACCCUUUGCCUUGAUGACAGCUUUGCACAAUCUUGGCAUUCUCUCAACCAGCUUCACCUGGUAUGCUUUUCCAACAGUCUUGAAGGAGUUCCCACAUAUGCUGAGCACUUGUUGGCUGCUUUUCCUUCACUCUGCGGUCCAACUCGUCCCAAACCAUCUCAAUUGGGUUGAGGUCGGAUGAUUGUGGAGGCCAGGUCAUCUGGUGCAGCACUCUAUCCCUCACCUCCUUGGUCAAAUAGCCCUUACACAGUCUGGAGGUGUGUUGGGUAAUUGUCCUGUUGAAAAACAAAUGAUAGUCCCACUAAGCGCAAACCAGAAGGGAUGGCGUAUCGCUGCAGAAUGCUGUGGUAGCCAUGCUGGUUAAGUGUGCCUUGAAUUCUAGAUAAAUCACAGAAAGUGUCACCAGCAAAGCACCCCCACACCAUCACACCUCCCCCUCCAUGCUUCACGGUGGGAACUACACAUGCGGAGAUCAUCCAUUCACCUACUCUGCGUCUCACAAAGACAGGAAUGUCCACCAGAGCUGUUGCCAGAUAAUUUAAUGUUCAUUUCUCUACCCCAAGCUGCCUCCAAUGUUGUUUUAGAGAAUUUGUCAGUACGUCCAACCGGCCAAAUUAUUAUUAUUAUUUAUAUAGCGCCCCUUGUGUGCACAUUCGGUAAUACCGUAUACCCCGGUGUGGUACAGAAACGGUAUGACUGUAUAAAAAUCGGGAUACCGCCCAAGCCUAAUACACAUACACUAACAAAUCUCCCAAAAUGACUAAAGACUACACUACUACAUGUCACAUAGAUUUGAGCUCUCAUUGUGUAUGUGUAUCAUGAUAUCACUUACUGUUCCUGUUCCUGUAGCCCUGUUCCUGGUUGACAACCACCACGAGGUCUACCUGUGGCAAGGCUGGUGGCCCCAGGACAGCGAGAGCCCCGGCUCGGCCCGUAUCCGCUGGGACGCAGACAGGAAGUGUGCCAUGGAGACGGUGCUGCAGUACUGCACAGGUACUAGGACACUAGAGUUGUCAGCUGGUAGUAAGUUAUACUGCACAAUGUACACAUUCAAAAAAUGUCAGGGAAAAAAACAAGAUGCCAAAAGCAAACAAAAUGAACUCUUAUAAGAUAUAAAGUGUUACUAUUGACUUAGUUGAGUUUAUUGAAUCUUGCUCACAGAUAAUACUGAAGAAAUACAGAAUUUACAUCAUAAAAAAUUGCUGAACAAUCACUUCAAAUACAUAACACAUAAUACACAGCAUACAUAGAGUACUAGAUACUUAAAACAUUACAGGAAACGUUUUCAUGAUGGAAACAAAUGUGAGAAACAUUUAUGAGCUAGAGUUGUUGUACAGUCUGACAGCAGUGGGUAGAGUGUUGUUUUUCAGGUGGUUCGUAAGUGCACUUAUACAGGACAGUUCAUGGCUGUUUUUCAGGAGCCUGGUAGUGCAGUUGCCUCAUUUUGGAGGGAGCAGGUCAUGCAUUGGGUAUUCAAGAGUGUGCAUGUCCUUCACCAGGUGCACUGCAGCCUGCUCUGCAGUGACGGGAGCUGUGGUUAGACUGCUCCACCUCUGGAGAUGAUCCUCAGGGCCCUCCUCUGCACCCUGUCCAGUUGGGCCUGCUGCUUUUUGUUGCCUCCAACUAACAGCACUCCACCGUAUUCCAGACAAGGCCUGACCAGUGUAGUGUAUACUGUGACCAGAUCUUCAGUGGGUAGGCCAUUUCUGGCAAGAACAGUCAAAAAUUGCAGGCAUUUUGAGGCCUUCCCUGCUGACUGCUCCACAUGUGUGUCACCACUGAUGUUAGAGUCUAGAUGAUACUUGGAAGUUGCUACCGCUGGUACUUCCUGUCCCCCUAGGAUGAGUGGUGAAGGUUAAAAAACAUAUCCGGAUUUCCAGACUUUUUCCCAUUCAAGAGCAUGUUGUUGGAUGUGUCCCACACUUCCAGCUGCUUUCCCUCCAAGCCCAUGGAUGUGUCCUCCUGGAUGCUGGUUAGUGGUAUGGCUCAGGACAGCCCUACAUCAUCUGCAUACCCAGUGUCCAGAGUGUCACUGAAGACAACUUUUCGGGUGGACAUAUAUGGUGAGACCAUGCCCCCUUGUGGCAUACCAGAGGUCACCUGGUGCCAUUCUCCAUCACCCUUCACCUUCUUCCGUUGGUGUAGCUGUGGAGCCAGACUAGUAACCUGGACAGUUCAAUGUCAGGAGCUUUGCGUAAUCCACUCUGAUCAAUGGCUUUGGACAAAAAGUAACACCCUCACCAUUGUUGGUUUUCUGGAGUCUGUAGCUGUCAGCCAGGAGUGUGUGGCUUUCACAAGGGCAGUAGUAAUGCUGGACUUUGGGAGGUAGGCAUAGAGGAUAGUUGGCAUGAGUUUUUUCAGGAUGAAGCUCUCCUGGAUUUUUCCAAGGCAUGAAGUUAGAGAUGGGCCUCCAGUCACUCAUUGUACAUGGGUUUGACACUUUAGGUAUGGGACACACAUUGGCUGUCUUCCAGGCAGCAGGAACAGUCCCCUGCCUGUAAGGGGGUGUUAACAAUGUGUGUGAUGACAGGGGCUAGAUCUUGUGCAUACUCUUUUAGUAGCCAGGCUGGAAUCCCAUCAGGCCCACAUGCUUUCCUUGGGCUGAGUCUGAUCAGAGCUUGCUUUAUCUGGCCAAUGCUGCACAGCUCAAUCUGCCUGGUAGGCAUGGGCAGGGGGACGGUGGCGAGAGGUGUGGUACUCGUGCAUGUCUCAGCAAAGAAGCCAUUUAAAACAUCAGCCACGUCGUCUUCAACUCCCUCAACCUGUAUGCUCUCUCCUGAUGUUUUCUUUGGUCCCAGUCCUUUGUUAAUGAAGUCCCACCAUUCCUUGGGGUUUUUCUUCUUUUGGUCCUGGAGUUCAGUUUUGUAGUAGUUUUUCGUUGCUUCCUUUAUAAGCAUUUGUUCUGUGUUUCUGUAUUUCCUCAGUUUCAUUGUUUUUCCCCAUCUGUUGAACGUCUUCUGUAUUUUCCUGAUGGCAGCCUUUAUUUGUUCAGUCAUCCAGAACUUCUCCAGUGUCGUUGUUUUUCUUAUUUAUGAUUGGCAUGCAUACAUACAAGUGCAGUUUGAAUGCAGGAGUUGAACGUCCCCACCUUCGAAUGCACACUCUCCACCUCAUCAAUGGCAGACCUGUCAGUACUGGCCAUACACAAUGCCAAGCAUGAUAUACAUUGUUCUAGGUAUAUCAUCAAAAGAGAGAGGCAAUGUGGAACUGUUUGAUUUAUACUAAACAUUACAUUUUUUUGCUCACCCCCCCCACAGAGAAGAAUGAGAAGAAGCCACCCAAGGCGUAUCUGAUCCAUGCGGGACUUGAACCUCUAACCUUCACCAACAUGUUUCCCUGCUGGGAACACAGAGAGGACAUAGCUGAGAUCACUGAGAGGGUGGGUCACCUAUUGCCCAUCCCAUACCUAUUACACCAAACACAUCCCUAUCAUCCACCUAAAUAUCCAUUAGAUCUACAUUGUAACCAACUCCUCCUGUUGCCGGCUUAUUCCAGACAGAUUUCCUCCUGGUCAGCCCUAGGUUUCAAACCGGCAACCCUCAGGGUACUGGCCACCUCGAGGCUACUGCCAUCCCAAGUGGAUAAGGAUGGGAUUGAUUUUGAAAGUGUGUGUACUGACCAUGACGUCGUAUGUAUAUCCUUGUGUGUCCCAGGAGGCGGAGGUUUGUAACCAGAUAAUUCUGGUAGAGGAUGUGUUGGCACGGCUGUGUAAGACCACCUACCCCCUGGCAGACCUGCUGGUACGGCCCCUACCCGAGGGAGUCGACCCCCUACGCCUGGAGAUCUACCUAGACAAUGAUGACUUUGAGGUGAGGCCACGCCCACACCUACGGUACCAUCAGCACCCUGGAGAAUUAUUAUGACAUUUUGUCUAGGUUUGCCUUGGCUCAAACCAUAUUAUACAGGUAUGUCCACUCAGUCUGUGGUUGAGCUAUGUUUGCAACAAUAAUGAGACUCUCUCCAAUGUGUGUGACCAGGGAUCAUAAUGGAACAUUAUACACUGGUAGUCAAGGCAAACGAGUCUAAAACAGUCUUUCUUUCUAAAAUCCAUAAAAUAAUCACACUGAAGUGUCCUUCAGUCUCCUUGAACUUUUUGUUAUCUGUGUUUUUAUGUAAUGAAUGUCCUCCAUCCCCUUCUGUCCUCUCUUUCUCUCUGUGACUCAUCAUGUGUUUAACUCUUCCAGGGUGUAGGGGCUUAUGGGAAGGUGAGUUCUUUAAAUUGAGAGCACAGGUGGCCCCAGAUAUGUACACAGCAUCCUCACUUUGACUUAUUAACUACAUCACCCAUAAUCCUGUGUGUGUUGCUUUCUGUCUCACCUCCCUCCUCCCUCUGUGUCUGGAUCAACACACUCUCUCACUCUGAACCUCUCUUGCAUGGUUUGGUCUGUUUCCACUCACUAAGUAAUAGCUGUGUGGAUUUUCAGUACUAGAUGCUCCUGGAGUGAUGAACUGGACCACUGACCAUGUUGUGACCUUGAAUUUACUUGUGAAUGUUUGUUUUUGCAGCUCAUGCGUUAAAGUAAUUUCACAAGAGUUGAUAUAGUGGUUGGCAGAUUUUGUGCUUAUUGUGUGGUAACAAUGUGUAUUUGCCCCCCUGCAGAAAGCUCUGGAGAUGUCGAGGGAUGAGUAUGAGGUGUUGCCAGGUUGGAAGCAGGUGAACGUGAAGAAAGCCAAAGGAUUGUUUUAGUACGUUGGACAGAAGGCUUGUCCACCGGAUGACAUCAUCAGCAAGCGACGGUCAGUCACUGAGGUGCAUCGUGGUCCAGUUGGAACUCGCCACUGAGAACUGAGUUUAAUAUUUAACCCCUUCAUCUCCGGAUUGGAGAGGGCUUGGGAACACACUCUUCUGAGUACCCUACCCUAGGAGGGAGGGAGGGAGGGAGGGAGGGAGGGAGGGAGGGAGGGAGGAGAGAUGCAGUGGUGAUAGGAGUGAGGAUCAACAGAGUUGUGCCAGCCUCGUGUAUAGUUUUCUUAUUUUCUUAAUUUUAUUUGUAUGUGUUACCAGUUUUGUUUUGUAAUUAUAAAUGUAGGUAGUUCAGAGCCAUGUGAGUGAAUGUUGAGUGGAUGUUUAUGUAAUCUGUCGGCACCCGGCUUUUUAAAUCUACACAGUGUGUGCGGUUGUGUGUGCGUGUGUCUUUGUGCGUGCGUGUGUGUGUGUACCCGUGUGUGGUGUGUGUGUGUGUGUGUGUGUGUGUGUGCGUGCAUGCUCGUUUGUGUGUGUGUGUGGGUGUGACCAUGCUUUUACAGUACAUACAGCAGUUUGUCAGUUGGUCUGGGAGCAGGAGAACCACUGCUGACACACCCCAAAUAGACUCUCUGCAAGCUGUUCUUUUAUGUGUGUUUUGUGCAUUACAAUCAAUCAUUUAUGUUUAUAUUUACUCCAUAAUAGGAAUAAAAAGCCUUUUGAGUAUUGUCUGUGACAUAAGAAAUAAAAUAAAUUGUAUUGUUAUUCAUGUUGAGGUUGUCAUAUGUUAAUAAGUAGUUGGACAAUAAUGCUCCUUUCCCCAGAGACUGUACAUGUCGCCAUUUUAUUGAACAAAUCAUGUAUCUACUACAUUCUGAUGUGUCUGUUAUCAUUGCUAUGCUGUCCUGCAUCAUUCAGGUGCUCAGAUUAAAGAUCAUUGUUGUAUUUUACGGGCAUGAAUUUACAGAAAUAGAAAGACGAGAAGAAUCUUAUAAAUUCAACAUUGUAUAGUGCCUUGCUUUUAUGUACAGUUUAUAUACAGAACGAUACUAGUCUGUGUUUUAAAGACUAUUUGUGAUAUAAAGGAUAUUAGAGAAAUAAACAUUGAAGGUAAAUCUAUGGAUGUUGUUUUGCCUCUAUCACCUGAAAUG